UGCAGUUCAUUCAUCUCCGCGGUACCAGGUUACAAAGUGUUCAUCCACCCGCUGAACUCGCUUCUCCCCAGACCCGGGAGAUGCGGGUCAUGAGGCCGAGAACCCUACUCCUGCUGCUGCCGGGUGCGCUGGUCCUGACCGAGACCUGGGCGGGCUCCCACUCCCUGCGAUAUUUCGUCACCGCCGUGUCCCGGCCCGGCCUCGGGGAGCCCCGCUUCAUCGCCGUCGGCUACGUGGACGACACGGAGUUCGUGCGGUUCGACAGCAACGCCCCGGAUCCGAGGAUGGAGCCGCGGGCGCGGUGGGUGGAGCAGGAGGGGCCCGAGUAUUGGGAUCGGAACACGCGGAGAAUCAAGGACUCCGCACUGACUUUCCGAGCGAACCUGAACAACCUGCGCGGCUACUACAACCAGAGCGAGGCCGAGUCUCACACCGUCCAGGAGAUGUACGGCUGCGACGUGGGGUCGGACGGGGGUUUCCUCCGCGGGUAUGAUCAGUACGGCUACGAUGGCAGAGAUUACCUCGCCCUGAACGAGGACCUGCGCUCCUGGACCGCAGCGGAGACGGUGGCUCAGAUCUCCAAACGCAAGUUUGAGCAGCGUGGUGCUGCGGAGCGGGUGAGGAACUACCUGAACCGCGAGUGCGUGGAGGGGCUCCGCAGACACCUGGAGAACGGGAAUGACACGCUGCUGCGCGCAGACCCUCCAAAGACACAUGUGACCUGUCACCCCCUCUCUGGCCAUGAGGUCACCCUGAGGUGCUGGGCCUUGGGCUUCUACCCUAAGGAGAUCUCACUGACCUGGCAGCGUGCCGGGGAGGACCAGACCCAGGACAUGGAGCUUGUGGAGACCAGGCCUUCAGGGGAUGGAACCUUCCAGAAGUGGGCGGCCCUGGUGGUGCCUUCUGGAGAGGAGCAGAGAUACACGUGCCGUGUGCAGCAUGAGGGGCUUCAGGAGCCCCUCAUCCUGAGAUGGGAACCUCCUCAGACCUCCUUCCUCACCAUGGGCAUCAUUGUUGGCCUGGUUCUCCUCGUGGUGGCUGUGGUGACUGGAGCUGUGAUCUGGAGGAAGAACCGCUCAGGUGAAAGACGGCACUACACUCAGGCUGAAAUUUCUUUCCUGUGGAUUCUGACCACAUCCUGGUCUUGUUCUCCCCCAGGCAGUUAACUUUCAUCAUACCAGAGCUCUGAUGUGUGUGACCAGAGCUCUCAUGGAUCCUAGAGUGUGAAACAGCUACCUUGUGGAGCCUGAGUGAUGCAAGAUUCCAUAUCCCACCCCUGCAUUAUGACUUGAAGAGCUGACUUCUCUUUCUGCAGAAGUCAUCUGCAUGUGUCUGUGCUGCUAUUAGCAUAAUGUAAAGAAGUGGUGAGCCUGGCCCUCCUCUGUCCACCACGACCCCUCCGCACCCUGGACUGUUUUCUCUGAUAGUCCUUCCUGAUCCAACAGAGGCCGGGCUGGGCUGUCUCCAUCUUUGUCUUAACUUCUUUUCCUUUUUCAUAUCUUAUUGAAAAUCAGGAUCCAAACUACAGAUUUCCCCGUAGGUCCUCAUCAAUCUUGUCCCGUAGUGUUUGUCUGAGUGGGUCUGUUUUGUAAAACUUUACAGAUGUUUGUACAGUUUUAGUAUGUCUAAGUGUCUUUGGUAAUGUUAAAUUAAAUUUAGUAAAAGCAAAGAAAUUGCUUUUCCUUUAUGAUCAUUUUAGUCAUCUUCAUAUAUGCUUUAUCCUUACUAAUCAAGUCUUUUAUUUCAUUUUUCAGUUUUUUUCCAUUUCCCUCAAAAUAUCAAUGUUACUGGUUUCUAAGAACUCAUUUAUGACUAAGGAUAGUAGCUAUUUGUCAUGAAGUGUAAAUGAAAUACCAUGUUUUAUUGCCACCUGGUAAGCCCUUAAAGCAGAGUCUAAUUUGGGUUUAUAUUUGGUUAGAAAAUAGGACUCAUAAGUCAGCACUAAUUGUUUUCUGAAAAGAAAAAUAUCCUGUGAUGCAGUGUGAAGGAGGGUUGGUUGCCAAGAAGGGAAGAACAGUACUUGUGAGAAACACACAAGUGGCACUGAUGUCAGUGUGAGUAGAUGUAAUGCUGUAGCUACCACAAUACAACAUUUGGCCUGAGGUCACAAAAUAAAGAUAUAGGGAGGUGCUUGACAUUGAUUCUGCUUUCCAGGUGGCUCCGUGAUAAACAAUCCAUUUGCCAAUGCAGAAGACUUAGGAGAUGCAGGUUUGAUUCUUGGGCCGGGAAGAUCCCCUGGAGAAGGGAAUGGCAACCCACUCCAGUAUUCUUGCCUAGAAAAUUCCAUGGACAGAGGAGCUUGGGGGUCUACAGUCCAUGGGUCGCAAAGAGCUGGACGUGAAUGAGUGACUGAGCACGUACACAGCACAUUACACUGAUCAUUCAUUCAUACCGGCUGCAUGCCAGAUACAUGACACAAUGUUUUACAUCUGGGAAACAUCACUGAAGUUAAAGAGAAAAAUUGCUGGCCUUAUGGAGCAUGUAUUCAAGUGGUAGGAGACAGACUAUGUCUUAUCAGUAGGCUCAAUAAGGAAAGUGUUCUGUUAUGAAAGGAUGGGAACAAUAGAAAGAUGCAGUGGGGAAGGUGAUGCACAGUGUGAGUGUGAGGACAAGGAAGGUGGCUAUUGUACUAGGGUGGUCACUGUGGGUCUCACUGGGAAAGUGGCCUUGGGGGAAAGAUUUAAAGGACAUGCUGAGUUACCCCCGAUGACUGGAGGAGGUUCUUUCCAGGCAGGGGGAACCUCCAGGCAAAUGCAAUGGGCAGGAGGAUGUCCGUGUGUUUCUGUUAAAGUGAGGAGGCCAGUAUGGCUGGAGCAGAUUAACUGAGAUGAGGUCAGAGGUACAGCCAGAACUUGUAGGUCGGGAAGUGUUUUGACUUUUGCUCUGAGUGAGAUGGGAAUUAUAAGAUUGUUUUCAGCAGCAGAAGAAUGUGGUACAACAUUUAUUUUUUGAUAUUUUAACUUUAUUGGAGUAUAGUUGACUUAUAAUGUUAUAGAAGUUUUGGGUGUACAGCAAAGUGACUCAGUUAUUCAUAUACAUAUACUCAUUCUUUUUUAGAUUCUUUUCUCAUAUAAGGUAUCACAGAAUAUUGAGUAGGGUUUCCAGGGCUAUACAGUAGGUCCUUGUUGGUUAUCUGUCUUUUCUGUAGUAAUGUAUGUAUGUUCAUCCCAGGCUUCUGAUUUAAUCCUCCCCACAACAUGUUCCCUUGGGAACCAUAAAUCUGUUUUUGCUGUUA